GCAGUUCGCGGCGGCGGAAGAUGGCGGCGCGGCUGUGGCGGUGUGGGGUGCGCGGCCCCUGGCUGUCGGGUGCCGGCCGGUUUUUCAGCCGUGGGCCAAAUGUACUGCAUCAAGACAGCAGUGCACCACAAGCUGCAUUCUUCUCACCUCUUCAAAAAGUGAUGUUGCCACCAAACAGUUUCCAAGGGAAAGUGGCCUUUAUAACUGGUGGAGGUACUGGGCUUGGAAAAGGGAUGACAACAGUUUUGUCCAGUUUAGGUGCCAAGUGUGUUAUAGCAAGCCGGAAGCUGGAUGUUUUGAAAGGAACAGCAGAUGAAAUUUCUUCUAAAACAGGGAAUAAGGUUCAUGCCGUCCAGUGUGAUGUGAGAGAUCCACCUUCGGUUAAGAAUGCUGUUGCUGAAACAAUCCAAGUGGCAGGACAUCCUGAUGUUGUGAUAAACAACGCAGCUGGAAACUUUAUUUCCCCUUCUGAACGACUUUCUGCUAAUGCCUGGAAAACAAUAACUGAUAUUGUACUUAAUGGUACUGCUUUUGUAACUCUGGAAAUUGGAAAGGAGCUUAUUAAAGUACAGAAAGGAGCAGCAUUCCUGGCUAUUACAACAAUUUAUGCAGAGAGUGGUUCAGGAUUUGUGUUGCCGAGUGCCUCUGCCAAAGCUGGUGUAGAAGCAAUGAGCAAGUCUCUUGCGGCUGAAUGGGGUAGAUAUGGCAUGAGAUUCAAUGUGAUUCAACCAGGUCCAAUAAAAACAAAGGGUGCUUUUAGCCGUCUUGACCCAACAGGAGCAUUUGAGAAGAAGAUUAUUCAGAGAAUUCCCUGUGGUCGACUGGGAACUGUAGAAGAAAUUGCAAAUCUUGCUGCCUAUUUAUGCAGUGACUAUGCAAGCUGGGUUAAUGGAGCAGUUAUCAGAAUGGAUGGUGGAGAAUAUGUUUCUAUGGCAGGAGAAUUCAAUGACUUGAAGAUGGUUACCAAAGAGCAGUGGGAUAUGAUGGAAGCAAUGAUUAGAAAAACAAAAGGCUCCUAAAGUGCAUAACUUAAUGGUGGAGAUUCUUGGAAAUGAACCACUACUUUUUCAUUAAUAUUUAAAAAUAACCAAUUGAGAAAUAGCUUUCAAAAUCUUUUUUUAUGCUAAUUUCAAUAAAAUAUUUUAAAAUUGUUGUAUUUUGAAUACAGUUUGUAUAUUUUUCCAAUCUAAAAUCUAUUCUGUUGCAAUAGUGAACAACAUUUGGUCACUGAAAUUUUGUUGUUCUUUAGGUUGUCUUACAUAGCCAUGCCGUGGUCUACAAUCAGCCUUUUUUUUAAUCUUUCUGAGGACUUUUUUUUCCUCAGAUAUAUGCAAGUGUCUCUUAAUAUUGUAAUACCAAUAACAUUUCAGUGCUAUCAUAACUGAAUGUAAUCAUUAAUCUGAAGAGAGAAACAAAAUAUUAAGUCCUAAUCUUCACACUUCAAUAAGAAGUUCUAAACUUGAAAAUACAGUUUUAUGUUAUUAGCAGGACUACAUACACUGAGAAAAUAUGUAACUCCUGUAGUUACUUUGGAAAUCUUGAAAUGCAUAACCAUCUUGGUCUUAUCUUUUGUGACAUUUUCAGUCUGUUAAUUAUCUUAUUCUGAACUUUAAAAUGGCAUUUACAGACCUGCAGUGCCUUUCUAAGGAGCUUGCUCUUUGUCAUGAUGAAAUUAAUGUUCUUGAAAAUGAGAAACUGAAAAUCAUUUGUUAUUACAUAUGUGUGACAAUGGGAGCUCUCCAUAAAAAGUGGUUUAUUUAACACUGUUAAAGGGAUAUUGGUAAAUUAGGACUGAAAGUAUUGAAACCUCAUCUGUUAAGAUUUACAAGAACUCCCUAGGUUUCAUUUGCAUGCACAGGCUGGUACUAAAGAAACUUUAGAUGGCAUUACAUCUGAAUCUAAUCAGUUUAUCCAUCCCAAAUAAACAGGUGAUUAAAAAAUUGCUUUCCCUCUUUUAUCCAGAUUUAGAGAAUUGGUAGUUUUUGUCCCUCAUGCUUCAGACAAUGGCUGGAAUUCCUCAAAGAAAUCAGCAGCGUCUGGCCUUUACAGCCUGAAAGCAGUGCCUGUUUUUGGUUGUUUUUUUUUUUUGUGUUUAACCAGAGCUCCAGCCUGGUUAAA